AUGCAAAAAUUUAAUUCUCAUAUACCUGUUAUUAAAAUACGAGAAAAUGAUUUUCCCCUUUCUCAGUCUUCUGGUAACAACAGAGGAAAUGAUAGAAAAAGAAAUAAAUAUAGGAAAAGGAAUAGAACUAAGGAAAUGUUACAUCAAUUGGAAAUAUAUUGCGAUAAAUCUACACUACAUGGUCUUCGAUAUAUAGGAGAUACUUCCCUCACUUUCGCAGAGAGAAUUUUUUGGUUGAUCUCCUUUUCUGUGGCUAUCGGUUUUGCUGCAUAUUAUAUAAGUAACAUAUACGAAAAAUGGCAAUCUAGUCCUGUAAUAAUUAGUUUCAGUCCUUUCGAUGCUGAUUUAAGCACUAUACCUUUUCCAGCUAUAACAAUCUGUAAUAUGAAUCAAGCUAAAAAAACAGAGGCAGAGAGAAUAUUAAAAGAAGGAAGUCUAGAGGAGCUAAAAUUACUGAACGACGUUUGUAAUGGAAAUCAAACAUCUUCAUAUUCAGAAGUGUACAAUUGGACCACUCUUCGAAAUUUUUUAAUUAAGGUUGGAGCCUCCUGUUCUGAUGUUCUAAGAGUUUGUGAGUGGACCAAUGAUAAAGUUGAUUGUGAUGAACUAUUUAAUAAUGAUUUAACCGAUGAAGGACUCUGCUGUUCCUUCAACAGAUUACCACCAAAAAAAAUUUUUCGAAAUGAAAAUGAUAUUUCUAUACUUAAUCAAACAUAUCCAAGUAAUGUGUACGACUGGAAUCCAGAAAAAGGAUUUACGGAAGAAGAGACUGGAGACGAAAAUACUGUACCAAAGAGACCGUUAGGUGCAGGAUCUCAUUUGGGUUUGUCCCUUAUUCUGGAUGCUCAAGUCGAUAACUAUUAUUGUUCGUCUACAAGUAGUAUAGGAUUUAAGAUCAUUCUUUCCAAUCCCAUUGAAACUCCCAAAAUGGCAGAUUUCGGAUCUCUUUUAAGUCCAGGGAUGGAAGUGAGAUUUUCGAUUACACCAUCUGUUAGAGAAGCCGCUGACAAUUUAAGGAGUAUCCCAAUAAAGAAACGGCAAUGCUACUUUUCAAACGAAAGGCGUCUGUCAUAUUACAGAUCGUACACUCAAAGAAACUGUAACCUGGAGUGUCAAUCAAAUUAUACGUAUGAAAAAUGUUACUGUAUACCAUAUUAUUUACCAAGAAACAAAUUCAUUAAAGUUUGUGGUAAAUCUGACCAAGAAUGUGUUGCUACUGCAAAGGAAGAUAUGGAAAUAACGUAUGGAAAUGGAUCUAGCUGCAAUUGUCUGCCUGGAUGUUUUGAAAUGAAUUUCUCAGAUUCGAAAUCUUACAGUGUACUAUCAGAUAAAAUAGUAAAUCUUCAUCACAUAGGAAAUAUAUCUACAGAUUAUUUCAUAAAAAAUAUGGCUGUGGUACAUUUCUUUUUCCCCAGCUCUAAAUUUUCAAAACAAGUUAAAAGUCAGUUAUAUGGAUUUACUGAAAUUUUGUCCAAUGUAGGAGGACUUCUUGGCUUAUUCAUGGGAUUCAGUUUUUUAAGUUUUGUGGAGCUGGUGUAUUUUGUAACUUUGAGAUUUUUAUGCAAUUAUCUCAAAACAAAACAUAAAAUUGAAGGAAACAAGAACAAAACACCAUGGAUUAGUAAUUAUUCUGUGUAUCCUUUUAUAAAAUAAAAUAUACCUAAAAUGUACGGUUCAUACAUCUAAGGCAGAAGACUUGAAUAGAAUGGUUAGAGUUUAAAAUAGAAUAUAUAGUGAAAGGACUACUGUCACACACUUACCAGUUAAGUUUUAGUAAUGAUGUAAGUCUAACCAAUAGCGUUUAGUAUGUAUCAAUCUCCACAUAUCAAAAAUUCUUCAUCUUAGAGCGUAUGGACUGAUUC